AUGGCAGCAGUCUAUCUGCAUAAUGCACUCUUUGGGCCUCCAAUUCCCGACGACAAUCCAGAACACGACACGGACGAAGAGAUUGGGAGUGCAGAAGACGCUCAUCAACGACAACAAUCUCGUCCAAAUCAACAACAACCAGAGGAAAUAACAUAUCCACCACAGCCCCAGCCAACCCAGGUCCACUCCCGACGAGCGUAUAGGGUGCAGUCGAGCGGCGACUAUUGGAAGACGACGAGCAGCGAAUUUCCAUUUGAGACUGGUUAUUCUACUUCCCCAUCUCCCCCUUACGUCACCCCGCCCUCGGAGCCAGAAGACAGUCGAGGGCAACAGCAGUCUGAUGGCGGGUGGGCAGAGGCACCUCCUUGGACCCGACCGCAACCGCUUCGACAGACCAACGUGGACAGUCGAGACGACUCUUAUCCGCGUACACAGUCGAUAAACAACAGAUUUAUCCCACUAGAGCGCCAGGAAAUCCAUCUCCAGCAGCGUCUCGAUUCGACCCCUCCAGGUCUCACUUCAUCUGUUCCCAUACACCUCUCGGAAACACAAUUAUAUAACAGAAAUCAUACUAUACACACUGCUGACACGCCUUUGGAACCCACCACGCACAGUCCACCCAUCGGGAUUGGCGGUGGGCGACUAAUGGACGACGACGCAGACUCGUCUUCAGAUGCAAUGAUGCGUAAACGGCCCCGUGGUCGUCGACGGCGUGUCAAAUCGUCGGCCUCUACUCUCACCACGACCACGACCACGACCAAACCGCGCUUGUCCAUUACAUCCCCACUCGGUGCAAACCCAGAAAUCACCCAGAGACCACUUGUGUAUACCCACGAUAUCGAGACGCGUGCAGAGACAGAGGACAUUCAACGUGCCUCGCGCAUUGUCUCUCUCCCUCUUAGACCCGGCCGCAUACCCAAUACCCGCAUGUCGGCUCGGAAAAGGAGAUGGAUUCUCAUUGUCAGAGUACUCUUGACGAUCUUUCUGUCUGUUUGGGCUGCAUACUCGACAGCACGAUAUUGGCUUGCAUAUUCUGGUCAGUUUUACAUUCUCCUUUUGGGACAUUUCUGCUCACUUUCAUCGUCUUCACGCAAAAUCAAUCAAAUUGGGACAUGGCGUACGACGUCUGAAUACCGACCUCGUCCAAACGCCGACACGACCAACCCAUACCCAAAGGAAGAUCCUCCCCGCAGUCUCUACGCCCUCGCCCUCGCGAUUACAUCCACCGUCGCCGUCACUCUUUUCGCAAUCGAUAGCGCCUAUUUACUCUACUUUGCGAUUUAUCCGCACGAGAAACGGCCGCUUGGUCGGGUCCCGACGAUUGGACCCAUUGCGCGUAAUGCGACAGCGGGGGACGACAAGUAUACCGCGAUACCCCUCCGGAGCAGCGCAUUCUCUGCCACGUCUUCUGGCAGACGAUCGAGGAGGUUGAGUAAGCCUCCACCAGAGGAUUGGUUGGCCACGUAUCCGCCGUUUGAGCUACAAGAAGAGCUGGUCAAACCGGCGGAUGCCGCGACAAUGGAGAGGGCGUAUGUGGGUUCAAACGGGAGAACGUUUCCUUCUACAGACGAGCCGAGCCAUCCUCUUGCACCAGAGCCCGUGGCCACAUCGUCGCCUGAUGAGCCCGUUAGGCCGUCGCGGUUUGUCCAUCAUGAGCGAUCGAGCGGUCGUGUUGUCCCUGCGGAUGCAGCGUCUACCAGUACCAGUCGUCCGACGAGUCAAAAGCUCGACGAGCCCGCAAAGUCGACCUAUGCGCUCAAUUUCCCCGUCGUCUGCCACGAACCUUCCAUUUCGCCACUUCCGCCGCCUGUUGGAUCUGUUCCCUCUGUCCAGCCUGAUCCAUUGUCAAGAACGGGGACGGUAUCUGGAUCGAGAAUGUACCCCGGUGCUGGUUCGCAAUUGAACACUCGGGGUGGAUCAAAGUUUUAUCCUACACCUGGAGCGAGUCGGUUCAGCACUGCUUCGAUGAGACGGAGACGGAAAUGGGCCAAGACGCGGAUAUUAUUGCAUGUCCUUCACUGGUUUGCGUUUGUCGCGAUUAACAUUCCUGGCUUUGUCAACGUUGGACUCGUCCCGGUGUGGUAUAACCCUGCGCCGACUGCCGAUAGCUCUGGAGCGAAUACGGGUGUUAAUUCACCUCAUCGACUCUCUGGAUUGUGCAGGUGGUCUCCCGAUGUUUUAUGGGCCGGCAGCGCGUUUCCGCCCUCGUACCCACCACCGUGUGCGCAGACAGUAUCGUACCGGGCGUGGUUGUGGGGUGCGAUUGGACGGGUGCUCAUCACGUUUUUCGUCGCGGGGCUUUGGAUCGUUGUGGAUGGCGUAUGGUGGGGUGCGUGGGUCGUUGGGACACGGAAUAUUGGAUGGAGAGGCGCAGUCGGUCGUCCGUGGACGCCGUCGUCGAUUCGUCGGAGGCAACAACAGCGUCUGGCAGAAGAGAAACUGGCGCACAUUGACGAAGGAGACGCGACUGGAGAGAGCGAGAAUGACCAUGGGACAAAGCGUGAGAGCGCGUUUGUGCGGAGGAUUCGAUUGCUCUCUGCUGCCAGAGAAGGCUGGAGAGUUGUCCGAGGGGGAGAGACCACCUCCUCUCCGACGAUGACCGCGCAUGCUUAUGCGUCCCCUCAAGAGAGUGCGACGCCCAUUGGCUCCGGGACGGAUGUGGAGGAUGAAGUCGUGUCGCCCACAACCAAGACGACGACGACGACGACGGGAGCGACCAAGCAUCGUGUUCGACGAAAGCCCGUUCGACCGAUUAGUUUUCCUGGGCCUGAUUCGACACCUUCUUCACCCCCGACGAAUGCGAUCAAGGAUAUAUACUCGCCAGCCUCUGAGCGCUCGUCGCAGGAAAAGUCUCGCUCGACGUAUUAUCCGCCUAUGCCUGGUGGAGGGAUUGGAUCCAGACGUCCAAGUGCGCAGGGGAGUAUCGGUGGUUCGACGGUCGUUGGAUCCCCCUUGGGCACGAAGCAUCUCUCUGCAUCGUUUGAACCGUUUAAUCCCAGUUCGCCACCGUCAGCUGCGCAAAGUCCAUUGGAAGAGCGAGGGAGGAGGUCCAUUGGACUCGAUAUUGUCCAUGAACAUCAUUUUGAUCGAGAGGUGCUUGAAGGAGAGGACGCGGAGAGGAUGCGCGAGUAUCCUGAGCGACCACAGUCUCGUCUCGCGCGCUAUAAUGAUGAUGAUAUCCCACCGCUCAUACCAUAUCGUAGUGGAGCCAGAGCGCCUUCACCACCUUCGCCCACUGCACCUUUAUACCCGCCGACGACAAACACUCCAGAGCGAGGAUGGACGACGGAUCCCAAUGCAUUUUCGCCUGUGGUCAGUCCGAAUACUGGUGCACCGCUCCUUGAGCAAGGAUACUUUCUCGUGGGCGAUGGUGGAUUCUCCAGUGGUGAAGUCAACGAGGGCGCGUAUGAUGACGAGAGUUAUUAUCGUACCGUCAGCAAUGGUACCAUUGCCAGUGGAGUCGACCGCUCUACGACGCCAUUGUCGGAUCGGAGCGCGAGUCCAAGCUCGUACGGCCACGUGCUCAACCCCGAGGAUCGACAAGAGACGGAGAGUCCUGUCGAAGAGCGUCGGUAUACUUCAAGAUCUCAGUAUCUCUCGCCGAGCUCGAGUCAGCAACAACGCUCUGCUCCGUACCAGCACCCUCUGGCUCAAGGGAUUCAGCUCGCGAUGGGCCGACCACCCGAGACGUUUGAGCGCGAAGUUCGCAUGUUGGGCGGCGUCGUACGGCGAAUGUCGACUAUCGAAAGUUUUGGUAGCCACGAGCGCGAGCUUAGUCGUCGCGGGAGUGGUGCUACGGCGCGGACGACGACGCGUGGGAAUAGUGGUGGAGUUGGUCGAGAGAAUACGAAUGGGAGUGGGAACAGUGGUGGUGGACUGGCUAGCUCGUUGCCAUCUCCGCACUCGCCUGUGCAUGGGAGCGGUAGUGGUGGACAAAUGGAGCGUAGUUCAGAAGGCGAAGCUGUCGGAGCUAUCGCUCGGUCCAAUAGUCCUACCGACAUUUCGCCGCCUUUGUAG